UCGCGUACGUGACGACAGCACAGGGAAGUGGCGCGGGACGAUUGAAAAACUGUCAGGCGACAAAAUAGGAAAGCCGAGUUUGAAACCCGUUACUCGGACAGCGUUUUGUGGCGUAUUUAAGUUUUUUUUUUUUAAAUAAUUCGCCAGUCUGCAACAAACGCCGCGGUUCUUUUACGUUUGGAAGUUAGCGCAAACUUCAGGCAUUAGCUAGCUAGCUGUGAAAGUGGCUACCGGCGAACGCUAGCUACCGGCUUUGCUAUCACAUUCUUCAAUUAAUUUAUUUUCUUUACUUUGGGGAACAAACAAACAAACUGUGUAUUCGUGUCAAAUAGCACUUUCUCGAAUAUGUCAUUCGCCAGAGGAGGGUGUCGACCACAGCACGGCAAGGGUUUGAAAAAGCCCCUUCGCCACAAGAAGUCAACUGCCAAUCACCAAAAAGAGUGGGUGAGCACCAUCAGCGACCUGUCAGUGCACAAGCUGACCCCCGCAGAGCUGAGUCAUCGGCACGAGAUCCGCAAGUCCCACAACAAGGCCGCCGCUCAGUGGGAGUUGCGAGAGAAAGCCCUGAAAGCUCGCCUCAGGCAGGUUGGAAGUAGUCCCCUGGACAAGGCGGGUCAAGCAAUCAUAAGAGAGGUGUUCUCUGACAAGCUGCUGCUGCAGGAUGUGCUGGCCCGCUCCGACAGAGCCAUGGCGAUGGUCAAAGACCUAUUAGGGGAUCCACCGCGCAGGCGUACUGGACAUCCCACUGUGACGGUGGCCCCAAACCCGGACUCUACUUUUUUCCGGAGAUCCAUUGACCUGUCAUCCCUCAGUGAUUCCAUGUUGGAUCAACAGGCUCUCACUGAACCAGAGGAAGAAGACUACUACAGUGAUGAAGACCCUGCAGACGGAAGGCUAUUCCAGAGGAGUAUAAAGUUGAAGAAUAAGAUGGGCGCGAUGCAGCGCCAACGUUUCCAUCGUGGUGUCUCUGAGCACAGAUGUAUGAGUCCUUUAUCUCCCAAGACACCAGCCAGACCACCAGCCCACACUGCUCUCAAUGCCACGGCAAUUGUCCAGCGUGUACGCUCCAGACACAAGCACUCUGUGGAAGCCGAUGAGGAGUCUUCCUUCGUGAUGUCACAAGUCCUCAACCCUCAUCUUUCUCCCAAGCAUCCAGGGACCUGCCCCUCCGCCAGGACCAGGAAGCGCGCCUGCAAGACGGCCGAGUUGAACGGCUCCCCCGCGGCCCCCCUCACCCGGGAGCAGUCCGGACUGGGCCUGCUGCAGGCCAUGCUGGCCCAAGUGGAGCUCGACUUGGAUUCUCUGAGUCCGCCAGCGUCGACGCAGAGCCGCCGACGCCCAGGACAAGGCCUCACCGGCUUCUCUGUGGCUUUGGUUUCCACACUGGCGCGCCUGGUGCACCUCCUCAAAAAUCGAGAACGCGACGCUGAGAGCGCGGCCGAGGUGAGACGCAAGCUCGAGGAGAAGCUGAGAGAGCAGCGAGAUCUGAUCGACGCUCUCACCGCGGAGACCAUGACCCUGAGAGAGGAAACCUCCUGCCUGCAGGCAGAGUUCCAACAGCGGACAGCCGAGCUGGAGAGGAAGUUGAACUCUGUGGUGUUGGCGAUGCCAACGGACCUCGGCCAACCGCAAGGCUCCGAUGUCGUAGCUACAGUUCAACAGUCUGUUGCCGAGCGACCACUAGUUUCCGUAUCUCCUGCCAUCCAGCUCUCCUCACCUGGACAGGGAAAUGCCAGGCAGCCGAUUCCUGAGCCAGAUCUGGGUGCCUGCAACAAGCCCAGAGCCAACUGCCCGACGUCCAAUCUCACCAGCAUUCCCGUCACGUCGAGACUCUCUCCGGAGGCCCUGGAAACGGAGAUCAACGAGCUCUGCCGAGUCAGAGACGUGAUCAGAGCUCAGCUGAUCCGAGCUCAGAGCGUCACGGGGUCGCAUGCCAGGAGUAGCGGCGUGGAGCAGAACUGCGAGGGGUCCGGCGGCAUAGGCGGAUUGACGCCUGACAGAACGCCAAGCACUCCCAAAGACAUCGAUCAACGGAAUCAUCAGGGGGCUUUUACUAACAACAGCGCAAGUAUUGUGCAGCAGCGCCUCCUGGAGCUCAAUAGGGAAAGCGCAGCAGCCAGGGGACGACUGCUGGAUCUCAUCGAGCAGCAGAAGCGGACCGUCACCGCCAGAGUGUCCCCGUGCGGCUCCCCCGUUCCCCCCUCGGCCUUCAGUCCGCCACCAUCAGGUGCGAAUGGAAGCGCUGACGGAUCCCUCCGAAUGCUGGCAGACGAAAGACGAUUGCUCCAGUUCUUCCUGCUGCCGUUUCCGGCAUCUCACCAUCAAUUAAUUUAUGAUCAGCUGGUUUGCAAGUGCAUUUUCGGCAUUAGGAAGAGGCGCACAGAAGGAUGGAAACGCGCAGCAAAGAGACAAAUGGCGAGUGCAGGACGAGAAGAGGACUUUGGGGAAAAAAAAAAGUCCUAAUUAUUUUAAAUAUUGCAGUGUCAUUUCUACAGUUAUACUGCUUUUACCGGUUGUGCUGCGUGCUGCGUUGAUGAGUGAUGACAAGGUUUCUUACUUUAAUUUGGUCGCUUUUGCAGUCCGCUCAACGCUUCAGUGCUGAUGACGUGACAACUGAUAGGCAUGAGGACUGCUGAUCUCGCGUGUGUGCAGUGAGGCAGAAGGUGAUGUAGUGCAGUGCAAUGUCAGUAGGUGGCAACAUGGAGUCACUCUUAAAGAAGUACUCAACAUCUGUUUAUGGUUGUUUUUUUUUUUUUUUUUUUUUUUUUAAUUGUCAUAAGACAUGCGUGGAAAAAUUGACAUUUUUUUGAAGUAUCAGGAAGAACUGGAGUGGACAAACCUGAUUGUUCACGAAUCGCAAAUUUUAGAUUGUGUAAAAUUGGUUACUUUUUAUUUGAAAUAAUUUAUGAUUUUUGUUUUGUUUUGAACAAAUUCAUGUAAUUAUACAUUGUUUAAUUUUUAUGAAUGGUUGGUUAUUUUGUUUUAUUUACAAUAAAUCAGUUAAUGAGUAUUUUAAUGGACCCUGUUAUGACAAAAAUUGCUAAAUUGAUGCAAAUAUAUCUAAUACAAGUAUUACGUCACUCUUGAUAAAUUAAAUGUAAAUAUGAAUUUAAGAAAAGUGUCAUAAUAUGAUGCCCACCCCUUGAUAAAUUAAAUGUAAAAAUGA